AGAGGUUUUAUUGUAGUUUGUCAUGUACGUACUCCGUCUACAAGGUUUUUUAUGAUGUUCCCAGUAAACGUGGGUGUAUUGUUUAUUGUUACUGUAGCUGUAGGUAUGAAGGUCUUGUACUGCUGUCAUAUGGACUGGACAAAGGUGUGUUUUUACAGAAACGUGUCAUAAAUGUCAAAUUCUAGGAGCAAGCAUGAGGACUUGGACACUAGGGGACUUCAUAAUAGCAUCUCAAAUAUUUUAAAAUAAAGGUAAGCAAUAACUAAAAUUACAAAUUAAAUUAAAUGAAUCAUGAAGGAAAUAAUCAUCUGUCUUUACCUUAUUUGUGGCUGAUAUAGGACAUUUUUUUCUAAACUAGAUGGAAACUUUUAUUUUCAUUUUGAUUCUGCUUUAGUAAAAUAUCAAAUGAUUCUAAAAAAAUAAACUUCUUAUGCAUGUUGGAAAAACACUGAUUCUGUUAUAAGCUCUAAAUCAUAUUCAGUGCAUUGAUUUCUGUCAGAAAACCUUUGAGUUGGCACAUUUUCUUUAUUUUUUUGGCACACUGCUGCCCUUAAUAGGGCAUUACCACUAGAAGCAUUAAGGCACAUUGAUAGAAAUUAGUCGCUGAUGGUGGAAAGAUGCAAGGGCAUCCAUUAUCCAGGUUCCGGACAGCCUGCAAGAAUGUGGAUCACAUUACAGCCUCCUGUUCUAUGCUGUAAGAAGUGCAGCACAAACUGCACACAGUCAAAAGUGUCUCUUUCAAAUUUACAAGGGAAAACUGUUAAAUUAGGCAUUUUACUCCUUUUUGCAUUGAGCAGUAACAAAGUAAAUGGUCAUGAUCAGUUCCUGGGUUCCUGUCAGUACUGUUUAGCACUCAGAUCUUUAGAAGAAUGCUUGUGAUUUUAUUUUAUUUUUUUAUUUUUUUGCUUCCUACAAUCAAACUAAAUGUGGCUAACUUGACUUUUUUGCAGGAUUUACAUGCCAGUAAGGUUAGACAGAACAACAGCCUGCUAGAGUUUAUGUCCAGAGAUGUUGGCAAAGCUUCAGAAUCCUGAUGAAAGGUGGGUUUUUAAAGACAACAUGUUUUUUAUGCAUCUCUGAACCCAGAAUUGUUGAGGCUUUAAAUGGCCCAAGGAUCAUGAACACUCAGGAAUCGUUUGCAUACACAGAUUUCCUUUAAUUAUCUGAAUAUUUCAGUGAUGUUGUGUACUGCAGGCAAUGAAAUGACCACAUUUGUUGCAUUUUAUGGCGUCUCUGAGCUGUUGUCGGUUAUCCUAAUUGGCUCAGAUGUUCCACCAGGUGGUUGGUGCAAUGAUGUGGUGGCUAACACUGUUACCUCACAGCCCAAAACCCCAUCUUUUCCUAAUAAUCUGCUUUUGUUUCUAAUCGUGCACGUUAGAGUUAGUUACUAAACUUUAAAGGGCAGGAGAAUGAUUCUAUGUGUGAUUUAACUCUGAUGGACGAGUGACCUCAUCAUUAUCCACCUCUGGCGACUAGAACGGGCUCAUUAAUAAAAGUUCCAGCACAUUUUUACACAGCUUCAAAUGAUCCAAAUUAGAAUAAAACUGUUUUGAUGUUUAAUUUGCACAGUUGCAAAGAUUAACAGUCCAUUAAUUUGUAAACUAAUUUUUAAUUUGCAUUUAAUACAAAUUGAAUUGCUACUUUCAGGUAAAACACGCUGCACAAGCCCAGGGAUCAGUUUUACUGUUUUUCAUGCAGAUAUCACGUUUACUGCACUAGUCAGACGCCCGUCCAGUUGAUGGGUCAGUGUUCUGAGCAUCCCCAUCAAGACACAACUCAGUAACUCCGACAAUGCAGCCGUCGGCUCUGUUAGCCCGGAAUGAUCAUUGAGCUAUCGAUCCCUGGAGUCAAAGAGCCACUGGCGGAGCUGAAGGGAAGGAGACAAAAAUCCGCUUCAGCUCUGCUUUGCACUGAUGCAUCCACUGUCCAUUACCUGCAGUCUCCACCUGGGGUUUGAUGUCCCUUCACAGCGUUUGUAUUGACGAGCCUUCUGGAGCUAGAGGGUUUAUUUGAUCUGUAACAUGAUCCGAGUGUGUUUACAGUAACGGCAGCAAAGGAUGGAGAUACUUAAGCAUCAGAAGAUGCAGACAUGAGAUGUGAAGCACCACCUCAGAGGUGAUUAUCUCCCAACUUGUCCUCAUCAGCAGUGGAGCAUCAGUAAUCAACGCGCCAUGCCUCGCCAGCGAUUAUUAGGCUCUAAAGGAAGCGCCAGCCUCCCUCCUCGCCUUGAUUGGCAUCCUCACACAGCCUCUUCAUCUGGGCUAAGUGGCUCUGCACAUGACCUGCUGAAGACACUGACACCAAAAGGAGAGAUUACAGAGGAGCUGCUUGAAAUAAUGACCCUGUUUUUUCACCUCCCUGAGUCCUUCAUUGUUUGAAGGCCAAGCAGAUGCCCGCUUUCCUCGGAGAUAUCACACCCCAGACAACAGCAACAUUUAACCUCUCAGAUUCACAGUUGGUGCAGAGGAGACAGAAAUUCUGGUACCUUAAAAAAACUAAUAAGUAUAUAACCCAUUUAGACAUGCUCACACUUACUGAGCUGGAAUUGAAUAUUAUUAUAUCAUACACAUUAUUUGUUGACGCUGUUGAGAGUAAACCUAGAGAAACCUAUGCAGCAAUUUUGCAAGUUUGCUGACAUUUUGUUAGAAUGUUUGAUAGCAGUGACGCUCAACUACUGCCAUCGUAAAACGGACUGAGGUAGACUUGUUUGUGUUUGCUGUGGUUUGAGGAGCCAGCUGCAGCUGAAUGUCCAGGAAAUGGUUCUGGACUCCGGACAAAAAGAAUACUCAUCAUCAGCCGGUGCACAGAGGGGGACAGGGUUGAGGUUGUGCCAUCAUAUUUGGGGGACUGGGACGCUAACACAGACCAAGCUGUUCUUUCUUUGGUGGCUGUGCUUGUUCAACAUCUGCCCUGCAUGUUCUAUCAGUCAGUAGUAGUGCGCAUCCUUCUCUAUGCUGCCGUGUGCAGGUGUAGCACCAGUCAAAACAACAUCUCCAGGCUGGAGCUGAAGCUGGCUCUGGUGGAAGAGGUGGCUGAGCAGAGGACUCUGUCCAGAUUCAGGGCCAUCAUGAACACCUCACACCCCUACAUGAGGGCUUCAAGAAGACGACCACACACUACGGAUCAUGCUCUACUCGCUCAUCUUCUUUUUGAGUGUUUUCGGCAACCUGCUGAUCAUCGUUGUGCUUACUGUCAACAAGCGAAUGCGCACCGUCACCAACACCUUCCUGCUGUCGCUCGCCGUCAGUGACCUGAUGAUGGCCAUAUUCUGCAUGCCCUUCACCCUCAUCCCCAACAUUCUGAAGGACUUCAUCUUUGGAGCUUCUAUGUGCAAAAUAGUGUCGUACCUCAUGGGCACAUCAGUGAGCAUCUCCACGUUCAGCCUGGUUGCCAUAGCCAUUGAGCGCUACAGUGCCAUCUGUAAUCCCCUGAAGUCGAGGGUGUGGCAGACCCGUUCCCAUGCCUACAGAGUGAUCGCUGCUACAUGGGUGCUGGCCUUCAUCAUCAUGAUCCCCUAUCCAAUCAUCAGUCACCUGGAUUCUUUCCAGCGCGCCGACAACACCACAGCACAUCGGUGUCGUCACAAGUGGCCCCUGGAGUCUGCAGAGCAGAUCUGGUACAUUCUACUUCUGCUCGUUCUCUUCGCAAUUCCAGGCGUGGUGAUGAUUGUCGCCUAUGGUCUGAUCUCUAGGGAACUUUAUCGAGGCAUCCAAUUUGAGAUGGGCCACAAAAAAGACUCAACUGAUGUGAAGAACGGCCUGACUUCCACUGUGUCUAACGGUAGUGAUGAUGGAGACGGAUGCUAUGUUAACGUGGUCCAACGGCCACACUCGUUGGAGAUGUCCACCAUGUCUACAACUUCAACCAGACCAAUGAAGGCAGAACGACCACGUAGCAACACAUCAGAAGCUAAGCUGGAGGCCAAAAAGCGAGUCAUCCGCAUGCUGGUGGUUAUUGUCGUCUUGUUCUUCCUCUGCUGGAUGCCCCUGUACUGUGUCAACACCUGGCGGGCUUUUGAUGACGUCUCUGCCACCCGGACUCUUUCUGGGGCACCAAUUGCAUUCAUUCACUUGCUGAGCUACACCUCUGCUUGCGUCAACCCAAUAAUUUACUGUUUUAUGAACACACGUUUCCGCAAAGCUCUCCUUGCUACGUUCUCGUGUUGUGCUGCACCGUGCCGUCACCGCCGUCGCCGAGGGGUGCGCGACAACGAGGAGGAUGUUAUGACAACUGGGGCGUCCAUGUCCAAGUUCAGUUACACCACAGUGAGCACCAUGGGAACCUGCUGAGGAAGACGGAUGCAGGCAAAAUCCAGUAAAGACAGUUUCUACGGCAACAUAGUUCUCUACAUAAUUUAUUUUCAGAUUGUGCUUUUAAAGACGAUAAUGUGACGUGGAGAUGCAAACCAUAUAAUGCAGCAGUAUAGAAGCUUCAUCCAUGCCUGUAAGUAAAGUUACGUAGAGAUUAACCAAUCAAACCCAGUCUUACAGUGUAAAUACGUCUUUAGCUGUGGGAUAAAAGGCACAAAAACAGAGUAUGUUAUUCCGUCACAAUGGAUAAAAGCGGACUUUGCUUUAAUGUUUAUAUGAAAGUGCAUAUGUUUGUAUGUGUGCUGUCGAGAAUGUGACUAAAUGGCUGUUUAGUAAUGUAAAAGAGGCAGUCUUGUUACACAUCGUAUAGCAAAAAAACCCAUUUUGAGCUGUUUUAUAUUAUGCUGUGAGUUGUACAAAUGUACGUAUUAAUGAUGGUACUUCACUUGCCUUGUGGCCUAAGUGCCUGCUCGUAAAUACUGCUGCUUCUGUCUUGUUUGCCUCAUUCAUAAUGGCGUCAUAUAUAUAGGAAUAUUGUAAUUAUAGAAUUUUAGAUGUAUAGUUAAACAGUUGUAAAAGUUAAACAGAGCUGUAAAAGUUGUCAUUUUAAACACAGAUUAAAAUGUAUUAUGCAGUGUGACGAUGGCAAUCUAAAGUGAAUGUUUGUAGGACUUAACGAUUCUGCACUUUUUACACAUAUUAGAAAGUCUAAUUUUCUCCUUAGUGACAAGUUCUUUUAAUGUUCAUUUCAUUAUUUCACUCUGAUGAUGGUAGCAAAUCAGAAAAU